AUGAGCUCUGUAAAUAAUUCCACCAUGAUUAGAGACACUUUGACAAUGCAAAUAUUUGGCUCAGCAAAAUCCACGAAAAAGGGCAAAAUUCAAUCAGCUUCUGACUGUCAAUUUGUUUGGAAGAGAGUUGACACAAACUUUGGUGUAUUUUUCUUGGAGAAAGAUCUCGAAUUUAGGUCAAAAAGAAAGACAACUGACAUUAGCAAACAAGAGCUCAUUAAAGUUUUACAUCUUUCUCAAAGACAAGCUGCCAAAUCAUUGAAUUGUACAUUAUCAACAUUGAAGAGAAGAUUUUAUAAUUUGAAAGAAGAAUUUGGAAUGUCAACAUGGCCAAAGACAUUUAAGGAAAUAAGUCACCUGCCAAUUUAUCAGAAAAUGUAUCCAAUGUCUUUGAAUUUCAUCCUCAAUUAA